GCGCGUUUAUAUUUGUUAUAAAAAGAUCAAAUAAAAAAAAUCAUAGAGUCGCAGUGCUUUUUUUUUUGUCGUACUUCAACGCGCGCCAAGAGCAAUAUAACAAUUUCGAAUAUAAACUUUAAGCCAAUAUCAAACAUCAAUAUUGGUACAACUACUACCACCAUUACAAUAAGGGGAACGCGCACAGUAAAAGCAAAAAAAAAAGAAGCGAUACAAAAUAAAAACGAAGUUUGAAAAAUCGAUCGAUGUUGAAUAUUGUUGCUAUUGCUUAAUUGUGGCCGAAGAAAUUCAAUUUGGUUAAUUAAAAGUCUGCGUGUGUAUGCUGUUUAGCUUAUUUUUUUUUUUGGUUUUUUUUUUGUUUCGCUUGUGGAAACAUCAAAGUGCACAAUUUUCGCAUUGCUCUCGUUGCCGGGUGUGAAGAAGUGUGAGAAAGAGAGAGAGAGAGACUGCUAAAAAAAUUUAUUUAAAGCUAUACGUACAUACAUACAUGUAUGCUACUACACGCUUAGAUUUAAGACAAAAUUUGCAAAUAUUAAUGAAUUAUUUGUUAUUGCUGUCGCCUGCACGCCCAAGGAAACAUUGAAAAUUUUAAAGAAAAAAACUCAUCCAAAAAUAAACCAAACAAAUUGUCGUCGCCGUCACGGCUAGCAACAAGAGAGAGCGGCCAAACGUCAAGUUGAAGAGCGCGAGAAAAACGCGCUCGUCAGCUACUCCGCUCCGCAGCCCCCGCUGUAUACGACGUUUGACCAGCUGCAGAAGCGGCGCCGCCUUAAGAGCUCUCUGGGCGUCAUCUCGUCGUCUUCAGAGCUGUACGUUUGUUUACGCGUGAACGACACACCUUGUGCGCUCCGCUCCGCUCUGCCUUGUUCAUUGGCAAAAGGGAGUCCGAUUCGUUUGCUGGGAAAAUCGUUGCCCACUUCGAUUCAGUCACAGUUAAGCCUAGAUAUUGUCUGGAAACAACAAUAAACGACCGCUCCUGUAAUAUAACAACAGCCGCACACACACCCGCGCAGCAGUAACAGCAAAUCAACAAAUACGCCAUUGACAUUGCCAGUUCCUCUUCCUUGUGUCUGUGCAGCAGUAGCAACAACAACAACAACAACAACCACAACAAAAGCGACAAGAACAACAAAAUUAGCGCGCUUGAGGUGACCAAUAGCAUGAGAUGACAGCCACAUCGAUGUUAGUCACGGUUUCAAAUCCAAGUGUAUUAACUACGUCGGCUAUUUGCAGAGGUAAUAGUUGAAAAGAAAAGCAAUGAAAAUUCAGCCACGAAGAAGAAGCAGCAGAACGAACGUGCAACAAAACAAAAACGAAGAAAGCAAAGUUGUAUUGCAACAAUUAAAAUUAAAACAGAAGCACACAAAAGUAACUACACAAGCUAUAUAAGAGACACAGUAUAUACAAAAGAUAAAUGCACAAGCAACAAAUGCGCUGAUACCAAAAACCAAAACUAAACAAAAAGCAAACGCAAACAAUUCUAAUAUUUAUAAACAAACAAAAAGAGGCACAAAGUAACGAACAAAAAGGGAAUAUAAACAAAUUAAGAGCACACAGCAGCACCCAGCACAAGAGACAGCAAGAAAGAGAUAGCGAGAGCGAGAGCGAGAGCGAGACUGCUGUACAGUAUGAUGAACUCGACGACGAAACAUUUGCUGCACUGCGUGCUCCUCAUCACUGUGAUAGUUACCUUCGAAGUAUUCUCUGGCGGUAUUAAAAUCGAUGAGAAUUCAUUUACCAUUGUCGAUCCAUGGACUGAAUACGGCCAGCUGGCCACCAUAUUGCUGUACUUACUCCGUUUCCUCACGCUGCUCACGCUGCCCCAGGUGCUCUUCAAUUUCUGCGGCCUAGUCUUCUACAAUGCCUUCCCCGAGAAGGUUGUGCUCAAGGGCAGCCCGCUCCUGGCGCCCUUCAUCUGCAUACGCGUCGUCACGCGCGGCGACUUCCCGGAGCUGGUCAAGAUGAAUGUGCUGCGCAACAUCAACACCUGCCUGGACACCGGGCUGGAGAACUUUCUCAUCGAGGUGGUCACCGACAAGGCUGUGCAUCUGGCCCAGCAUCGUCGCAUUCGCGAGAUCGUUGUGCCCAAGGAGUACAAGACGCGCACCGGAGCGCUCUUCAAGUCGCGUGCCCUCCAAUAUUGUCUCGAGGAUAAGGUGAAUGUGCUCAACGACAACGACUGGAUUGUCCAUCUCGACGAGGAGACGCUGCUCACCGAGAACUCGGUGCGUGGCAUUAUCAACUUUGUGCUCGACGGCAAGCAUCCCUUUGGCCAGGGACUCAUCACCUAUGCCAACGAGAACGUCGUCAAUUGGCUGACCACGCUCGCCGACAGCUUUCGCGUCAGCGAUGACAUGGGCAAGCUCCGGCUGCAGUUCAAGCUCUUCCACAAGCCUCUCUUCAGCUGGAAGGGCAGCUAUGUUGUCACGCAGGUGGAAGCUGAGCGCUCCGUCUCCUUUGACAAUGGCAUCGAUGGCUCUGUGGCGGAGGAUUGCUUCUUUGCAAUGCGAGCAUUCAGCCAGGGCUACACAUUCAAUUUCAUCGAGGGCGAAAUGUACGAGAAGUCGCCGUUCACGCUGCUCGACUUCCUGCAGCAACGCAAGCGCUGGCUUCAGGGCAUUCUGCUGGUGGUGCACUCGAAGAUGAUACCGUUCCGGCAUAAGCUGCUGCUGGGUAUCAGCGUCUACUCGUGGGUGACCAUGCCGCUCUCCACAUCGAACAUCAUAUUCGCGGGCUUGUAUCCCAUACCGUGUCCCAAUCUGGUGGACUUCAUUUGCGCCUUUAUAGCGGCCAUUAAUAUUUAUAUGUAUGUGUUUGGUGUCAUCAAAUCGUUCUCGCUCUAUCGCUUUGGCCUGCUCAAGUUUCUGGCCUGUGUCCUGGGCGCGGUCUGCACGAUACCCGUCAAUGUGGUCAUCGAGAAUGUGGCGGUCAUUUGGGGCCUGGUGGGCAAGAAGCACAAGUUCUAUGUGGUGCAAAAGGAUGUGCGUGCCAUGGAGACGGUCUAAGCGCACCACAAACUUAACUAAUUUGUCAGUAAUUAAUAUUAGAGCGCGCGAGAGAGAGAGAGAGAGAGAGAGAGAGAGCAAAAGCAAAAGCGGGAAAUGCGUGAAAACAAAUUCAAUCAAAAUGUAUAACCAAAUUUUCUAACGAAACAAAACAAAACAAAACAUCGCACAAUUCAAUGUAGAGAGACAGCAGCAACAGUCACAUAACUAUGUAUAAC